AUGACAGACUCGUACGUGGUCGUAGGCUCCUUGCUGGCCAUGCUGGCCACCGCCGUGCUGUUCCUGCGGGAGCCUAAGCCUAAGAAGGACAAACUGGCCGAGGAGAUGCUGCGUAUCGGCCAGCAGAUGAAAAUUCCCGCCUACCCUGGCGGUCGUGUAGCCAUCUUAUUCGGCUCUCAAACUGGCACUGCCGAGGGCUUCGCUGAGGUCCUGAAGGCAGAGGGACGUAAAGCUGGCUUCCAGACCCACGCUAUCGAUCUGGAGGACUACGACGCGGCCUCCAAGCUGAAAGACGAGAAGCUGGUCAUCUUCAUCAUGGCUACAUAUGGUGAAGGUGAUCCGACUGACAAUGCCGUGGAUUUUAUCGAUUUUCUUAAGGAUAAAGCGGGAAAUCUGGAGCCGAAGACGUUCGACAGCGUCCACUUUACUGUCUUUGGCCUCGGUAACACCCAGUACGAGCACUAUAACGAGAUGGGACGCAUGACUGAUAGGUUUAUGGAAAAGUAUGGAGCCGAGAGAGUGUUCCACUAUGGAGAGGGCGAUGAUGACGCCAGUUUGGACGAAGACUUUGACGACUGGAAGGAGCCACUGUGGAGAGCUCUGAGGAAGCAGUUUAUCGCGGGAAACAGUGAGGAAGAUACCGAAGUGAAGCAGGACGAGCACAAGCUGACGCCUCCUGAGUACGAGUACGAACUGGUGGAAAUCCGCAAGAAACAAGUGGAAAAUGCACCCAAAGAGGUCAAAAUGAAGGCGUCGACCAAGCAUUUCUUCACGGCCAACCAGGCGAAAGUUGUGGUGAACCGAGAGCUGCGUCUGUCGACUGCGGGAGGCUCCACGGUGCAUGUGGAACUGGAUCUUCGAGGCACUGGAGUGACCUACGAGACGGCCGAUAACCUUGCCGUCCUGCCUGAGAAUGAGACGAGAGUCGUCGAGAGUCUAGCGACUCGUCUGGACUUGGAUUUGGACCAAUGGGUGGCUCUCAAGCCUGUGGCUGAAGAUCUCCACUGCGAGCUCCCGUUCCCGUCUCCAAGCACGAUCGAAGACAUUCUAACACGUUAUCUGGCAAUUAACAGCGCUCCACGUAAGGGCCCAUUGAAACAACUGGCGUAUUUUGCAAAGAACCAAGCGGAACGUGACGAGCUGGUGCGUUUAUCGUCGAAAGAAGGCAAAGACGCGUACCAGAAGUGGGUACUGGAAGACGAACGCUCGUUUGUCGACGUGUUAACCCACUUCCGAUCAGUUAACUUAACGGUUAAGGAUCUGCUUCACAUCGUCCCGUUCUUACAGCCACGGUACUACACCAUCGCGUCGUCCAGUCUGGUGAACCCGCAGCGUGUCCACGCUACUGUGAGUCUCAUUGAGAGUACGAAGAGUGAUGGUCGUGUGUUCCGAGGGGUGUGUUCCAACUACUUGGGGCGUUUGCAGCCUCUUGAGAGUCAUACAGAUGACAAGAAGAAGCGAGACAGUCGUCCAGGUGAACAAGGAGCCAAGAAGCCGCGUGAGUGGCCUACAGCGCGCAUCUUCAUGCGCGCGUCGACCUUCCGUCUGCCUGCCAGCCCUUUGACGCCUAUCAUUCUCAUCGGCCCGGGCACGGGCAUCGCCCCCAUGCGUGCGUUCCUGCACGAACGUGCCCAGCAGCAACAAGACGGCGAGACUGUGGGCCAAUCCAUCAUGUAUUUCGGCUGUCGACGUCGUGACGAGGACUUUAUUUACAAAAAUGAGCUCGAGAGUUUCCAGAAUUCCGGUGUGCUCAGUGAACUGCACUUGGCGUUCUCGCGGGAGCAGGAGAAGAAGGUUUAUGUGCAGCAUUUGUUGCUGCAGAACGGACUCAAGACGUGGGAACUUAUUCGCGACCAUGACGCGUACAUCUACGUGUGUGGAGCCACAGGGAUGGGCAACGAUGUGAACAAGGUGCUGCACGAGAUCAUCGAGAAGUACGGCGGUCUGUCCUCCGAUGAGGCGAUGGCUACACUUAAGAAACUCCAGGAUGACCACCGCUACAUCCAGGAACUGUGGGCAUAGAAAAGGACGAACGAACUCCAACCAGGUAAAUUCCACGUAGGGUUCUGCUGGAUUCGACUGCUAACAGUGCAAGGUUUGGAUGUAC